GUGCCUUCUAAUCACUAGUUAGCCCUGAGAGCUGGUGGAAGUUAAUAACAGCGUCAACACAAUGCUGAAUGACAGUGAGCUUGCAACGUUACGAAAUAGAUUUAAGCGAGAUGCGGAGUUUCUCAUGCAAACGACGACUUCGGGUGACGAAGAUGAGAAGGGUCAGGAGGAAAAAGAUGCUAAACCUCUCCCUCGCAUUAACAGACACUCCAUUUUCUGGAUUGUGGCAUCUAUAGGUGUGACCUACUAUGUGGAUUUCCUCCGCAACAUCAUGGAGAACGAUGAUAUCAAAAGCUGGUGGUUCAAUGUGGGUCUGGUACUCCUUGGCAUCUGCCUGUCUCUGGCCAUGUUUUGCAUUGUGUACCUGGAGUGGUUCAAAGGCAUCCAGAACUACGACCACGUGUACCCUGCCAUUCCUCCCAUCACUACUGCAGCCUUUAUUGCUGCAUCUUGCAGCUUUAACUUGGCACUGUGGCCAGUGUGGUCCUUCUUCACUCCACUCAUCCUCUUCACGCAGUUCAUGGGUGUGGUAAUGUUCAUCUCUUUGCUUGGAUGAAUGUGACAGAGACUGCUUGUUGUAGACCUGCACCUGCAGCUGACUGAUGGAGUUGUGAGGAUAUCAGACCCUUCUCCUGAAAGCACACAGCUGUUGUCGUUCGGUGUUGAUGGUCUUUGGCAGGGGCAGCUGAGCACUGUACUGUAGCACUACUGAGAUUUAAACCAUCUCGCUUAAUGUUUCGUCACUGCUGUGCUUUACCAAAGCAACAACGACGACUGUGUAGAGAAAUGUGAUGCAUUGUGUUGAAUGUUUGGCAGCUCUGGCACCAAACUGUAAGUUCUACCAUUUCUAAUUGUUAAUGAAACCAACAAAGUUUUUAAAUUAUUUUUUAAUUUUUUUUAAGCAGUUUGUGGUGAGGAAUGUGAAGACUGCUAUUAUUCUGUAUUUUUUCUUUAAUAAACUUUCACAACUAAU